AUGAAUGAUCGCUUGCAAAAUCAUAGCGAUGGCAUUUCACCAGUAUCAUAUGGUGGUGUACUACCCAGAGAUACUAAUGAAUGUGUAGCAUCAGCAUUCACAAAUUCUGAUGCUGUUGGCGAUGUAAAAAAAAAGCCUGAUAAAGCACCACUUAUGACAGGUAUUUUGCGUUUGCUCAUUUUUUAUUUAUUGACUUCAAUUGUUGAUACUGUAUCGUUUUUUGUUGCAACAGUAGUGAUACAUCUAUAUCACUCACUUGAAUUACAAAUUGCAUCUUUACAUAGUAGUCAAAAGAUUUUUCCAUUUUUUAACAUUAGCAAUUUUUAUUGUUAUUAUAAGCCUGAAGUUCAGUACUUUGUAGAUUUGGCAGAUUUUGCUAAUGCAGUUGAGCCAAAUGGAUUAUCCACAUUAUCGGGUGUUUUUGCUCCUGUGGCAAUUUCAAUGUUCAGCGUUCUUUUGUUCCUCAGAAUGGGCUUUGUUGUCGGACAGUUGGGUUUUUUGCAAACAGUCACCCAACUUCUUCUUGCAUAUACUAUUGUUAUGUUAACCGUACUUUCACUAUGUGCUAUUUCUUCAAACGGUGCGAUCGAAGGCGGUGGAGUUUAUUAUAUGAUUAGCAGAUCACUAGGACCAGAGUUUGGUGGUGCUAUUGGAUUGCUGUUCUAUACGGCCAAUGUGUUUUCAUGUGCUUUAUACGUUUCCGGGUGCACAGAAGCUUUAUUAAACAACAUUGGUGACGGAAGUAUACCAUCAAGUGCUAGCUGGAAAUUUUUCUGCUGCGUGAUAGUUUCUUUUGUCCUUCUUUUGCUAUGCCUUCUUGGUGCUGGACUUUUCGCUAAAACUGCUCUUAUUACUUUUAGUGUCAUCACAUUUUGCUAUGCCUCGUUUUUAUUAUCGUCUUUUAGUGUUUCCGCAUUUGAUGUUUUGAUUCCGAAAACAAAUGAAAUCGCAUACUUGGUUCCAUCAAAUGCAUCCGAUCCAUUUUCCGAAAAAGUGCCAGAUUUUAAUCAGACCUUAAAAGCGCGUUAUACAGGAUUUAGAUUUGCAACUCUCGCAAACAAUAUGGCAGCAAAUUAUACUUUUGAUUACACAACGACAAAACCUACUGAUUUUGCUAUGAUGUUUGCAAUUAUAUUUAGCGGUAUUACCGGAUUAAUGGCUGGUGCUAAUAUGUCCGGUGAAUUGGCUCGUCCAUCGGUUUCCAUUCCACGUGGCACCGUACAAGCAGUUCUAGUCACUUUAUUUGUUUAUAUUAUUACAGCAUUUAUGCUGGCUGCCACUUGUAGUCGCCAACUACUCCAGUCUGAUUAUUCCGUCAUGAUGAGUGUAAAUAUUUCGCCAUUAUUUAUUCUCAUUGGUGUGUUUUCAACUACCUUAUUUUCGUCCAUGAGCAAUAUGAUCGGAGCAUCCCGUGUUUUGAAUCGCGUUGCACACGAUAAGCUAUUUGGCUGUUUGCUUCAUCCGGCAAAAAUUGAAAUUGGUACUGGAAAUCCUGUUGCUUCAGUGGUGAUAUCAUGGAUUUGCGUCGUGUUGGUUUUUUUGGUUGGUGCAAUGAAUAAAAUUGCUAAACUAACAUCAAUUUUCUUCUUGUUAUCAUAUAUGGGUGUAAAUAUUGCUUGCUUAGCUCUGGAAUUGACGAGUGCUCCUAAUUUCAGGCCGACUUUCAAGUUUUUCACUUGGCAUACUUGCGCCAUUGGUGUUGUAAGUACAAUUAUAAUGAUGCUAAUUAUUGAUGCUGCUAUGAGUGCUAUUGGUGUAAUUGUACUUCUUAUUUUAAUCAUAACUCUGCAUUAUCAGGCUCCAGCUGGAUCUUGGGGUUCAAUAUCUCAAGCUUUGAUUUAUCAUCAAGUACGAAAAUAUCUGCUUCUAUUAGAUGUUCGUAAGGAACAUGUGAAAUACUGGCGACCGCAGAUACUUCUUCUAGUUAGUCGUCCAGCUAGCGUGUGCCCCUUGAUGGAUUUUAUCAACGAUUUGAAGAAAAGUGGUCUAUAUGUAAUUGGUCACGUAAAAAAGGGUAGCAUGAAUGAUGGCAGUAUGGACUUGGAUCCUUUGCAUGAGGUGUUUCCAUAUUGGCUUUCUCUUGUCGAUUAUUUGAAACUAAAAGCUUUUGUCGAACUAACCAUUUCUAAGUCUGUGCGUGAAGGCAUCCAGCAGUUGAUGCGUCUAUCUGGUUUGGGAGCAAUGAAACCAAAUACUAUUGUUCUGGGAUUUCACGAAAAAUUUCCAUCAGAAACGACACUUGCUGAGUCCUGUCUUCUCAAAGAUCUCAGAUUCUCACGUAUUGAUCGAGCUGCUGUUGUCGAGUAUUUCACGGCUUCAGAUUACAUGCCACGAGAACUAAAUGGUUCAUGUGACCGCUUAAGUAGCGAAGAGUAUGUGCGCAUUUUGAAUGAUGUGAUUCAUCUGAAUAAAAAUUUGUGUAUUACAAGAUAUUUCAAUCGACUGGAUAGGGAUGUUCCGAGAGUUUGGAAUGGUCCCAAGAAAUUUAUUGAUGUCUGGCCAGUAUUUUUACAAAAACCAUGUGAAACAGGGCUUGGUUGGGGCAAUAGUUCCCUUUUCUUACUUCAAUUGGCUUGUAUAUUAUCGAUGAGUACCCGAUGGAAGUCUUCGUCAGUUUUGCGCGUCUUCAUUUGCAUAAAUAGUUUACAGGAUAUGAAAAGACGGAGACGACAACUAAAACAAAUGUUGGCCCAUCUUCGAAUAAAUGCCAAAUCACUUGUUACACCAUGGGAUCAUGUUGUUUGCCAUCUUGGGACCGAAAUUCCAUCUGCUCCACCAAGGGAAUCAGUUGACUUACCAUUGCCUUAUUUGACAGCUAUGAAUGAUUUGAUUAAGCAAUAUAGUGGUAAUGCGGCUGUUUGCUUGUUGAAUUUACCCACUCCACCGAAAGAUAUUUCGCACAGUGAACAGUAUCUAGAAGUAAUUAGAUAUUUGACAGAUGGAUUACCGCCCACAUUAUUAGUUCAUGGUCUUUCUUCAGUCAUAUCAACAACACUGUAA